AGGACCUGGCGAGGAGCCUCCUUUGUGCAACAGCCGGCGAGCCGGGCCCUCAACUCGCGCUCCCCGGCAAGGCGACGCGUCAGGAUCGAGGUGGAAAAGACGAGGCCGCUUCCCAAAGCCCGCUCUUCCUCCCAAACGAUCCCCACGAGCGGGAGAGGCCAACCUGUUGGCGGGAUGGCGAGCAGGGGAACCCCGCCGCGCCCCCACGUGGUCGAGAAGGCCGGAGCGCCGCAGGGACCGAGCGGGAAAGCGCAUAGCUACCCGCCCCGACGCCGCCCGGCCUCCCUCCUGUCUCGCCCUGAGUAAAGUGGCGGGGGAGAGUUACUUUCGCCGCCUUUUUCGCCCCCGACUGGCUCUCCCCCCUCGGCCCCAGCAAGUCGGGUGGAGGCGCGCCCCUUUCAGAGGGGAGCCAGCGAUGCAUUCCUGACCGCCCCCAGGGGGAACUGGCGCUCUCCGGCGGUGAAAGCCUCGUCUGUGUGGCUGCGCCUGGCGGGACCCUGCCCGCUUCAUCUGCGCUCACCGGCGCAGCGGCCAGCCCUUGCCAGCUCGCAGCCCGCCAGCUCUCGCCGACCAUGAAACGGUCGUCUCCCGGCGCCGCACCGGGCUGCCCGGCCACGCUUUCUACUGCUCUGUUGCUUUCGCUGCUUUUGCUGGCGGCCGCUUCGUCGCCCGGGACCUCGACCGACACGCAGAAAGGGAAACAAAAGGCGUUCCGUCAGCGGGAGGUGGUGGACGUGUAUAAUGGGAUGUGUAUGCAAGGACCUCUUGGUCUUCCUGGAAGGGAUGGAAACCCUGGAGUCAAUGGAAUCCCUGGCACGCCAGGUAUCCCUGGCAGAGAUGGGCUUAAAGGAGAAAAAGGAGAAUGCAUGCAAGAAAGCUUUGAGGAAUCAUGGACCCCUAACUAUAAGCAAUGUUCGUGGAGUGCCUUGAACUAUGGCAUAGACCUUGGAAAAAUCGCAGAAUGUACAUUCACCAAGAUGCGUACCAACAGUGCUUUAAGAGUUCUUUUCAGUGGAUCACUUCGACUUAAAUGUAGAAAUGCCUGCUGUCAACGCUGGUAUUUUACUUUUAAUGGGGCCGAGUGCUCUGGACCACUUCCUAUUGAAGCUAUAAUUUAUUUAGAUCAAGGAAGCCCAGAGUUAAAUUCUACUAUUAAUAUACAUCGCACAUCUUCAGUGGAAGGAUUAUGUGAAGGAAUCAAUGCUGGAUUGGUGGAUAUUGCCAUUUGGGUUGGGACUUGCUCAGAUUACCCAAGAGGAGAUGCAUCAACGGGAUGGAACUCGGUGUCUCGCAUAAUUAUAGAGGAACUGCCAAAAUAGAGCUUUCAACCUCUUCUUGCUAUCCCCAAAACAACAUCCAGGACUUUAUGCAACCUCUUAUUGGUUUGUUUUUCUACAUGAAAAUAUACAUUGGAUUAUAGUGCACAAAUCUUAUUUAUAGAAAUAAGGUAAAAAUCUCUUUUGAGCCACGUUUGACUUCAGAUGAUUUAACAGUUAAGUGUAUGUGUAGUUUUUGCCACCUACACAAAAGUGAUUUGUUUCCAAGAUGUUUUUGGAUUUCUUGGGAAUUCAUGGUCUGUGCUAACCUAGACUGGGCCUGCUUAACUCUUGAAUCCACAGGAGCCAGCCUGGUGCUGGCAUCCAUGGAGGUUUUACAGAAAUAUCAGUAGACAAUUAAUGUUCCAUUUUUUUAUUCUAUGUAUCCUUACCAUUUUUCUACAGCAUUUUGGAAUAUAGAUCUUAAAAGGAGAAAUCUGUAUUAAUGAUUACUUUUCUAUCAAUUCUAUAUAUCCUUCUAUUUGUUUGAAAAGAAAAUUACAUAUCCAAUGUUAAUUUUAUAUUUUUAAAAAAGCAACUUUUUAUUCAAGUAUCUUCUCCAUUCCCCCCAAUGUAUGAUUUGUUUUCUAAGCUUCAAGUUCCUUUUGAAAAGAAGUUAGACAACUAAUUUUCUUGUGAUGUGUGAAACAAUAAAAUAAAAUGAUGUAGCAAAAAUUACUGCAAUUGUAGUACAGUAAUCUAGUAAACCUGUAUUUUUAUUAUUUAGUGUAUUGUUGUCUUGAUGUAUUAUAUAUGCAUAGAAGCUAUGCCAGGCAUGGUGGAAGAUAUAUGUAAUUUUUUGAUUUUAAUAAAAAUGUAAGAGCAAGUCAGUGUAUGAAUGUGAGUCGUUAACUAAAAGUUUAAACAUAAAAGUUAGUAAAAUGCAUAAAGGAACAUGAUUUUUAAAUCUAUGUACACCAUAUUCACAUACAAUUUAACUUUUAUAGCAGGGGUGUCAAACUUGAGACCUGGGAGCCAGAUCUGGCCCAUGGGGUGCUUAGAUCUGGCCCGCAGGGACACUCUGGAAAUAAUAAAGGACUGUCUUGUGGUGCCUCUACAAGUAAAACGGAGCUCGUGAGGGCCGCGCACAGACUUCCCAAGCUCCAUUUUCACUGGCAGAUGGUUGCAGGAGGUCGUCCCAGCUGAAAAAGAAGUUUGGGAGCCCGUUUUCACUGGCAAAGCACUCGGGCCACCACAGGUGUCCCCUAACACAAGUGAUGUCAUGCUGCCCCCCCCCCGGCCACCCCCUUCCCAAGGUCAAACACAAACCUGAUGUGGCCCUCAAUGAAAUCAAGCUUGACACCCCUGCUCUAUAGGAUACUACAAAUAUGAACAAAAGAUUAAUUUUUAAAGUAUUUACAAAUACAUACAGUAAAUUUUUUUGAGAACUUUUGAUCUCAAAUGUUAGCUGUAGCUGUUUGCUGGCAGAGUUUAGAGACAUUAUUACUCUUUGUUCCUAUUUGUAUGACUUGAUAUCAGUAAGACAUAUAUGAAGCCUCAAAAUUAGAUUAUGUGGAAAUAUACAUGUAAGAUUUUUGUGUUUAUACUGGUAAUUCUUUUGCAAUUUUGUUGAAUGUUACCAUUUUAAAAAACCUUUAGCUUAAACAGAAUUUUAAAAAUUAAGUCAACAUAUUCUUUAACUUAAAAGGUUUAGUGUUUCUAAGGUAUAUAAUUUAGUUUUUUUUAAUCAUUUUAUUAGUUCACGAACAAAAUAUUCUUAACCAUCUAUGUCUUAGUAGUUUAAAUGUGAAAUUUAGAUUUUGUUCCUUUUGAAAAUCUUACUAUAACUUGUUCAAGUUUUCCACAAUUUCAAGAGAACACUGAUCAAACCAAAGAGGAGGCAAAACUGUGAGUUCAUUCACAUUUUUAAAAAACCUU